AGUAACAGUCCUGCAUGGCAGAGUGACAGUCCUGCAUGGCAGAGUGACAGUACUGCAUGGCAGAGUGACAGUACUGCACGGCAGAGUGACAGUACUGCACGGCAGAGUAGCAGUACUGCAUGGCAGAGUAACAGUACUGCAUGGCAGAGUGACAGUACUGCAUGGCAGAGUAACAGUACUGCACGGCAGAGUAACAGUCCUGCAUGGCAGAGUAACAGUACUGCAUGGCAGAGUGACAGUCCUGCAUGGCAGAGUGACAGUACUGCAUGGCAGAGUAACAGUUUCAGUUGUACAUGUAUAGUAACAGUCCUGCAUGGCAGAGUGACAGUACUGCAUGGCAGAGUAACAGUACUGCACGGCAGAGUAACAGUCCUGCAUGGCAGAGUAACAGUACUGCAUGGCAGAGUGACAGUCCUGCAUGGCAGAGUGACAGUACUGCAUGGCAGAGUAACAGUUUCAGUUGUACAUAGUAACAGUCCUGCAUGGCAGAGUGACAGUCCUGCAUGGCAGAGUAACAGUACUGCACGGCAGAGUAACAGUACUGCAUGGUGGCAGAGUAACAGUACUGCAUGGUGGCAGAGUAACAGUACUGCACGACAGAGUAACAGUACUGCACGGCAGAGUAACAGUACUGCAUGGUGGCAGAGUAACAGUACUGCAUGGCAGAGUGACAGUACUGCAUGGCAGAGUGACAGUCCUGCAUGGCAGAGUGACA